AUGGCUACCCUUUUCCAGGGAUUAGGAACUGUUACUCCUCUAUCUCCAUCCAAUUCCUUUGAAUCCACCAAGCUUCUCCUUUCUUCUCGUAGAUCCCUCUCAGAGAGGAAAAGUAGCAUUUUUGUUGUCAGAUCUGAUGCAAAGGGGAACCAGGUUCUGAAGUCAGGAGCUACUCGGAAGAGUGAAUUGUUGAUUCCUAAUGCAGUUGCUACACAAGGAAGUAGUUCUGUGGCUUCUGCAUCAAAACCUGGGCAUGAACUUCUCCUUUUUGAAGCUCUACGUGAAGGUUUGGAGGAAGAAAUGGAAAGGGAUGCAACUGUUUGUGUCAUGGGUGAAGAUGUAGGUCAUUAUGGAGGAUCUUACAAGGUGACUAGAAACCUGGCUGAAAAGUUCGGUGAUCUCAGAGUUUUGGACACCCCUAUUGCCGAGAACGCCUUCACUGGCAUGGGCAUUGGAGCUGCCAUGACCGGUCUUAGGCCAAUCAUCGAGGGCAUGAACAUGGGAUUUCUACUUCUUGCAUUUAACCAAAUCUCUAACAACUGUGGCAUGCUUCAUUACACAUCCGGAGGCCAGUUUAAAAUUCCAGUUGUCAUUCGUGGUCCCGGCGGAGUCGGACGACAACUUGGAGCAGAACACUCGCAGCGGCUGGAGUCAUACUUUCAGUCGAUUCCUGGGAUACAGAUGGUGGCUUGCUCAACACCUUACAACGCCAAGGGCUUGAUGAAAGCCGCAAUUCGAAGCGACAACCCUGUGAUACUUUUCGAGCACGUUUUGCUUUAUAACCUCAAGGAAAGAAUCCCAGAUGAAGAGUAUGUAUUGUCACUUGAAGAAGCCGAGAUGGUUAGGCCCGGAGAGCAUGUCACAAUACUAACCUAUUCAAGAAUGAGGUAUCAUGUCAUGCAAGCUGCAAAGACAUUGGUGAACAAAGGGUAUGACCCUGAAGUCAUUGAUAUCAGGUCUUUGAAACCAUUUGAUCUUCACACAAUUGGAAACUCAAUUAAGAAGACGCAUCGGGUGCUCAUAGUGGAGGAGUGCAUGCGAACGGGUGGAAUUGGUGCUAGUCUCACUGCUGCCAUUACUGAAAAUUUCCAUGAUUAUUUGGAUGCUCCUAUUAUAUGUUUAUCCUCUCAAGAUGUGCCGACUCCAUAUGCCGGAACAUUGGAGGAAUGGACUGUGGUCCAACCUGCUCAAAUUGUGACUGCAGUUGAACAACUCUGCCAGUGA